CAUGGUGGGCCUGGGCUCACUGCCACGGCGUGGGCGAAAAGUAGCCGGCAAAAAAAUGGUUAACGCCGGCCUCCUCGGGAGGCCGUCCAGCAGAGCACAAUGGGCGGCCCUGGGAAGCCUAUAAAGCCAGCGGUGCCUCCGAGUCCGCAGCAAUGACGGGCGUUCUGACCGGUCGGCCUCGUGCCCCAGGCAGGCGUCCCCUUGCAGGACCACCGCUCCGGCAUUCUUCGACGGGGGGAAGCGAGGCCAGAAUCCCCGCCACCCGAGGGAGAGUCUCGGCCGCACCUCCAGCCUGCCGGGAGCGCACCCGCCGAGGCCGGCCGACAAGCCCUCCCAGGGACACGAGAAGGGCUCGCGCGGAGCCGGCCUGGGCUGGGGUGGCCGGCUGCAUCACAGGUGUGCGGGUGGUGAGCGCCACCCGGCGGGCCUGACCGCAGCGGCCGCCGCCCCCCAGGGGCCCAGGCGAGGCGCCGCCCGUGGUGUGGACAUGGAGGGCCUUUUCCGGCUGCCCGGCUGCCCGCGGAACAGACCCGCGCCACCUCCAGCGCUGCCCGGGAGGAGUUCGGAUUUUGCAAACGCCUGGCUCACUUCACAGAGCAUCGCCUAUCUUUCCGGAGACGGACUGACUGUGCACGUCGGGUUUCUGUGAGCCGUGAGGCAGACCCUGACAGCUGUGCCCCCGGGGACACGGACGAGACGCCCCCAGCGCCCGUCUCUGGCAUGGAGACGCACGCGGCCGCUUACAACGGCACCUCCCCGGAGCUCAACCUGUCCCGCACGCUCCCCGGCAGCGUCCUGGCAAACCAGACGGGCGAGCUCUCCGAGCACCAGCAGUACGUGAUCGGGCUUUUCCUGUCCUGCUUGUACACCAUCUUCCUCUUCCCCAUCGGCUUCGUGGGGAACAUCCUGAUACUGGUGGUGAACAUCAGCUUCCGGGAGAAGAUGACCAUCCCCGACUUGUACUUCAUCAACCUGGCGGCGGCCGACCUCAUCCUGGUGGCCGACUCCCUGAUCGAGGUGUUCAACCUGGACGAGCAGUACUACGACAUCGCCGUGCUGUGUACCUUCAUGUCCCUCUUCCUGCAGAUCAACAUGUACAGCAGCAUCUUCUUCCUCACGUGGAUGAGCUUCGACCGGUACCUCGCCCUGGCCAAGGCCAUGCGCUCCGGCCCGUUCCGCACCAAGCACCACGCCAGGCUGAGCUGCGGCCUCAUCUGGAUGGCCUCCGUCUCCGCCACGCUGGUGCCCUUCACCGCGGUGCACCUGCAGCACACGGAGGAGGUCUGCUUCUGCUUCGCGGACGUCAAGGAGAUCCAGUGGCUCGAGGUCACCCUGGGCUUCAUCAUCCCCUUCGCCAUCAUCGGCCUGUGCUACUCGCUCAUCGUCCGGGUUCUCGUCAAGGCUCACAGGCACCGAGGCCUGCGCCCCCGGAGGCAGAAAGCCCUCCGCAUGAUCUUCGCCGUGGUCCUCGUCUUCUUCAUCUGCUGGCUGCCCGAGAACGUGUUCAUCAGCGUUCACCUGCUGCAGCGCACGCAGCCGGGAGCCGCUCCCUGCCAGCAGUCUUUCCGCCACGCCUACCCCCUGACCGGCCACAUUGUCAACCUCGCGGCUUUCUCCAACAGCUGCCUGAACCCCCUCAUCUACAGCUUCCUGGGGGAGACCUUCAGGGACAAACUGAGGCUGUACAUCGAGCAGAAAACCAGCGUGUCGGCCCUGAACCGCUUCUGCCACGCUGCCCUGAAGGCGGUCAUCCCGGAGAGCACCGAGCAGUCCGAUGUGAAGUUCAGCAGCGCGGUGUAGAGACGGCGGAGCCGGACCGGCGGAGACCAAACGCUGAGUCGGCCCCGCGGCCAGGCGGAGGAAGGGCUGGGCCGCACGCCACGGCCUGAGCCCGGUCGGAACAUGCCGGACCGUCCGUGCCCCAGCUGCGGGCACACCCGGGCCCCGAGGAGCCCUCGCCGCCAGCCACCUUGACUCUGGGCCGUGCGCACAGCGCCGGGGCUCCCCACCCCCGCUCACGGAGGCAGCUCGCGGCGCUGGCGGCUGGGCACGGGGACCAGCGUGGGCUCACACUCCACUCCACACCGUGUCCCGCAGCAGAAGACGUGUCUCACGCCGGCCAAUGAAAGCAGAAAGAAGGGGACGCUUUGGAGGAAAUCCCUCAGUUUCGAGGUCGAUCCGCCGUAAGUCUGCCAUCCUCGGGAAAAAUGAAGUCUGGACAGAACACGCUGAGGAGAUGUGACUUGGACGGUGUGCUCCGUUCUCCACGUCUGCGGCACGUGGCUUCCUUGUGGUACGGACAAGUGUGCUCGGGCGAGACAGGAACGGAGAAGCCCUUCUCCCGGCAGCCCGCUCAGAACAGCCGCUCGCCGUCACCGGCUAAGUGACCCUGAGCACCCGAGCUGCCUCUGCCGGAAGGUUCUUCUCCAACCAGAGACGCCGCUGCCGUCCGGGUCGCCGGCCCACCGCUGCCCGUUUAUGGUGUUACCUGCACCCACGCCACCACGGAUCGAGACCGCGAGGGGCAGGUCGGGGGGGGGGGUGGAGCGUGCGCGGUACAAAGCUGGCCUCUGGGAACGAUGGUGGGGGCGAAGAUGAAGGCAGCGUAAACCAUUUGCUCUAAAAUGUAGAAGAGCAAACCUCGCGACCGCCAGGAACGGUGAGGCCUCGUCAAUAAAACAUAGUCACGUGCUGAUU